GACUGACUGUGAGUGACAAGCAGGUAUCAAAGCUAGCUUUCACAUAGUAUAUGCGAGAGAGAUGCAAGUUUUUCGUGAAAGGUGCAAACACGCAAAUUAAGCAAUCACAGCAGACGUGACAGCCUUUGGCAUUUUAGGGAUUCUUGGUGUUCGUAGCUGAUAACCGGAUGUUAUAUUGAGAAAGCCUGUGUGUUGCAUUUUAGCAAGUGAAUUGCUUCGCUAUCCUGCUGGCUUCUUUUCCCAUUUCUCCCACUGUUUUGGAAGCGCUGUGGUGGAAUCAUAACGUUAGGUAAACCCAUUUUGCAGACAACUAGCUUUAGCAAACCAUCAGCAUACAGAACUCCUGUUGACUCCUGCCUGAGAAUUGGGUGUCCUUAGAAACAUAUUUUCGUGGAUCACACCAUCUGAAGGCUCGUCUUGACAGCCAUACGUCUGCUGUCAGUGCCGUUUGACAUCCAGUCGGGGUUUCUUUGAAGGGGCUGUAUCCUGGACAUCACAAAACUGGCGGACAUGGAUGAACAGAGUGUUGAGAGCAUAGCGGAGGUGUUUCGCUGCUUCAUCUGUAUGGAGAAGCUGAGAGAUGCCCGGCUGUGUCCACACUGUUCCAAACUGUGCUGCUUCAGCUGCAUAAGGCGAUGGCUAACAGAACAAAGAGCCCAGUGCCCACAUUGUCGGGCCCCUCUGCAGCUGCGUGAGCUGGUGAACUGUCGGUGGGCAGAGGAGGUCACCCAACAGCUAGACACACUGCAGCUCUGCAACCUCUCCAAGCACGAGGAGAACGACAAGGACAAGUGUGAGAACCACCACGAGAAGCUGAGUGUGUUCUGCUGGACCUGCAAGAAGUGCAUCUGCCAUCAAUGUGCCCUAUGGGGUGGCAUGCAUGGGGGCCAUACCUUCAAGCCUCUGGCAGAGAUCUACGAGCAGCACGUCACCAAGGUGAAUGAGGAGGUUGCCAAGCUACGCCGACGACUCAUGGAGCUCAUCAGCCUCGUCCAGGAAGUGGAGAAGAAUGUGGAGGCGGUGCGUGGGGCGAAGGAUGAACGCGUUAGAGAGAUCAGGAACGCCGUGGAGAUGAUGAUCGCACGACUGGACAACCAGCUCAAGAACAAGCUCAUCACACUUAUGGGUCAGAAGACAUCCCUGACUCAGGAGACCGAGUUGCUGGAGUCUCUGCUGCAGGAAGUAGAGCACCAGUUGAGGUCCUGCAGUAAAAGUGAGCUCAUCUCCAAGAGCCCGGAGAUUCUACUCAUGUUCCAGCAGGUGCACAGGAAGCCCAUGCAGUCGUUCGUCACCACACCUGUACCGCCCGACUUCACCAGUGAGCUGGUUCCUGCUUAUGACUCCAGCGUGUUUGUGCUGUCCAGCUUCAGUACUUUGCGGCAGCGGGCUGACCCUGUCUACAGCCCCCCACUGCAGAUCUCAGGCCUCUGCUGGAGACUAAAGGUUUACCCUGAUGGGAACGGCGUCGUGCGUGGUAACUACCUCUCUGUGUUUCUGGAGCUGUCAGCUGGUCUGUCUGAAACCUCCAAGUAUGAGUACCGAGUGGAGAUGGUGCACCAGGGCUCCAGUGACCCCAGUAAGAACAUCAUCAGGGAGUUUGCGUCGGACUUUGAGGUGGGCGAGUGCUGGGGCUACAACCGCUUCUUCAGACUGGACCUGCUCGCCACCGAGGGCUACCUGGACCGCCAGAACGACACACUUGUACUCAGGUACCAGGUGAGGUCGCCCACCUUCUUCCAGAAGUGCCGAGACCAGGGCUGGUACAUCAGCCAGCUGGAGGCGGCUCAGACCAGCUACCUACAGCAGAUCCACCAUCUACAGGAGAGAUUAGCCAUGCAGCUGUUCCGCCAUGAGAAGAGCCCAGAGCAGAGGAAAGGGGGUGUCCGUGAGUCUCGGGCAGAGAAGGCGGGGCCAGAAGAAGAGGCGGGGCCAGCAUCAGUGGGCGGGACUGAGAGCAAGACAGAGGAGGAUGAGGACGACAAGACACAGCAGGACGACUCCAACGACCUGUCAGACGGUGAUUUGGAGGUGGACUGUAUGACGGUUGAUGACGAGGUGAACCCUCUGGACGGAAGUAGCACGUCCGGCAGCUCCACGGCAACUAGCAACACUGAGGAGAAUGACAUCGACGAGGAGACCAUGUCAGGGGAGAAUGAUGUGGAGUACGGUGCCACUCUGGAGCUGGAGGAGGGACACAUGCCAGAGGACGCCGCUGGAGCUUUUCUGGCUGUGGGCGCUGGAUGGCCGGGCGUGAGCGCCAGUGGGCUCCUGGAGAUCGACCCGGUCAUCCUCAUCCAGCUGCUGGACCUCAAGGACCGCAACCACAUGGACUCACUGUGGGGCGUGCAGCCGAGACCGCCAACGCUGCUGCACAACCAGGGUACACACACACACACACACACACACACACACACACACACACACUCACGCCCUCAGGCAGUGCGUCGGUCAGCCCCAGACUCCGGGGUCCUGAUCCGGCUGAAGGCCCAGAUGGCGGAGGUGCGGAGCAAGAGGAGCUGAGGAAGGCCUCGAGAGCCGGAGGGCAACGGCAGGAAGAGCGAGCUGGACCUGCUCUUCAAGGGCCCCGCCAGACACGCCCGCGGCGGGAAGAAGUCUCCGCUAAGUGACAGUGGGUGUGUUGAGAAGUGUGUUACGCCGGGCCGGGCCUCGAGGGGGGAGAAGGAGCCGAGGGGCUUAGACCCCGCUCUAACCAAGACGACAGCAGCAUGGCUGAGGGUGUUCAUGAGGUUCUCUGGAUGGAGACCAGGAGAGGGGCCUGCUGAAUCCCACCAAUCACGGCUCACGUUGGCAGAAAGCCACCAAUCAAGGCUCACAUUGGUUGAGCCUUCCUCCUCCCGCAGUGAUGAAGGUGUACUGUGUCCACAGCCUGUGGUGCACCUGAUGAGCAGUGACAGUGAGGUGGACUGCGACACUGAGAAUGAGAACGAGGAGGACGGGGAGGCUGGAGAAUACGACACACACACACUCCCUGAAGCAGGGGAACAGCUGUUGACAGAUGACUUGAGCUUCACAGCAGGAGAGGCCACUGAAAGGUGAUGGGUCUCCGUGACAACCGCGACCCAUGAUUCACAUCCCCUCUGUCUCACUUAGUAUUUUGUUUGUUUGUUUGUUUGUUUGUUUGUUUGUUUGUUUGUUU